AUGGAGACACUUCUUGUUCUAUUCCUGAGGUUGUCUUGGAUCGCUGCCACAUUGCCUAUCAUCAUCGCUUCCAUUCCCAUUCCCAAACUCAACUUCCUCCGGAAAAUCUUGUUGGUCUUCGCAAAGAGAGGAAAAACCAUGCACCCCUCUUCUUUUUCUUCUUCUUCUCAAAAAUUUACUGUUCCUCAGAGAUUCUUCUUGCAUUUCUAUGUUGUGGCUUCAAUAUGGACAAUGUUUCUGCUUGUUGCAACUUGGGUGUAUGCUUAUAGAAUGGUGCCGCUUGUUAUGGAGCCGUUGUCUUUUCCUACUUUAACUAGUUUUUUGAUUGGUGGUUUAACUAUUAGAACUGGUUCUGCUGAUUUGCGGCAUGGUUAUGUUGCAUGGCAAGGUGUUUAUCUGCUUUUGUUGAUGGAAGCUCAUGUUCUUCGACGCCUUUUUGAAACUAUAUAUGUGUGUAAUUAUAGCCCUUCUGCUCGGAUGCAUAUCGUUGGUUAUUUCACUGGAUUGUUUUUCUACAUAGCAGCACCAUUAUCGCUGUGUGGCGAUUGUGCAUUGAAAGUUUUUGACUGCUUAGCAAAUCUAGUAACUGAGUUCAUUGUUAGAGGCAAGAAUCAGAUGCCUUUACCAGAGAUAGACUUCUGGCUAGUUUUAAAUCCCCUGACCAGGCUUGGGUGGAAGCAUUGGAUCGGUGCAGCUGUUUUCUCGUGGGGAUGGAUUCAUCAAUACCGGUGCCAUAAGAUUCUUGGUUCUCUACGUGAUUCAAGACACGCAGAUGAGUAUGUAAUUCCUCAUGGUGAUUGGUUUGAAAUCGUUUCCUCUCCGCACUAUCUCGCUGAAAUUGUUAUAUAUGCCAGUUUUGUGGUUGCUACUGGUGGAUCCAAUCUAACGAUCUGGCUACUUUUUGUUUUUGUGGUGGCAAAUCUGGCAUUUGCAGCAGUAGAAACACAUAACUGGUAUCGUCGUAAAUUUGAAGAUUAUCCAAGCCGUCGAUAUGCUAUUAUUCCAUUUAUUCUAUGA